AACCACGUUGCUCCCACGUUUUCUAUACUCCAUCUUCAAUGUCUGUGUUACUGAAUGAAUAUUCUAUAUGAAGACUCGCGCACCUGGAGCUUCAAGACAUCACAGAGGCCCUCAUUCUGCAUAUUGCUGGAUCUUGGAUAUGACGUCGUAUCUCUGGUCACCUGGGCGAGUUUGGGACAGCUCUUCUCAACUCACGGCUCCGUAUUAUCCCUAUGACCUCAGAUGAGCCGAAAGCACUCUCGGAUUGAUGGCAUGCCCUCUUCGUGCAGACCAGGCAUUCUACACUAACGGAAAACGAAACUUUGCUAGUUCAUGUUCCGAAAGUCACCUAAGUGGCGCCUAGCGCUGGAAUGUCCCAAAACUAACAAAGUUUUUCAAGGAUGCCAUUCAUGGUGGUGAGAUCGAUUAUGACUUUUGCAGUCUACCGGACUGGCUGGGAUUUGGCUCGAGGAUGAUGCUGGAAUCUGGUCGUGUAUUGCCCUCGUCUCUUCCGAGCCUGUCGUUGUAGGCUGUGGAAGUCAGUUCCGACAAGAGUCAUACUCGACAAACUUAGACGAACCCAAAAGUAUAUUCCAGAUGGUAGGCGUGGAAUCAACGUAUACAAACCUUCUCCUUUGUAUUUGCCUCUUCUUCCUUUUUCCUUCUCUCCUCCUCUGGCUCUCAUCGUCAUCCUUGCAGAUCUUCUACACCAUUAUAUCUGUUUUUUAUUCGUUCACCACCGAUCAUCAUCUAAAAUCUCAUCAUUCUAAUACUAAUAUUCCUUUAUUACGCUUCUCUCACUCCAGGUUUAGCCAAAGCACCAUCAGGUGGUCGGUCUAAGCAGUCAUCCGAUUAUUCGCUCACCGUGGGACUUGCCCCAUACCUGGAUCUUUAGUGGUUACACAUACAUCAUGUCGGCCGGUAACGAUUCUCUCGACUCCAGCUUCUUCACCUGGGCAGAAGAGAUGGAGGCGCAAGAAGCCUGGGCAGAGGAAAGGGGUGCACCAGAAGCCAGCAUCAAGAGUACAGCUCCUGCUGAUACUGUACCCUCCACCAACGAGGAUGAUCCACAGGCCGAAGAUAAACCGACAGCCAAAAAGAAGCAGACAGCGAGGGACAAGCUCCGCGAGUUCGAGUCCAAGGGCCAUGGCACGGUCUCCUUCGUCGCUUCUCUCGUGGCAGUCCGUGAAGAGUUUGAGUACCGAAAUGAACUCUUGGAUUUGCCUGGCGGCCAAAACAUUCACCAUUUCAACUGGUUUGGAGAACCUGUCUGCCAAAGCAGCCUCACGCCUCCAGAGAUCUCUCUCUGGUACAUGACGACACGGCCCAGAUUCGGCUUGAUGUCGUCGUCCGACAUAAUUCGAAAGACAGCCACUAAAAACAACGCAGAGAAAUGGGUAGAUCCUAUUGUCAUCCGUGUGGAUAACGGGGUGCGCUUGCCCCAAGACGCAGAUGGCCUGCUUCGCUUUGCAAAGAGCCGGACGCAAAAGAUGUACACUCCACACGGCCGGUGGCAGUCUGACAGGGAGGAUAGGCAAACUUUCUGUGACGAUGGCGAACCCUCGAUUUACAUGAAGACUGGGAUGAUGGUAGGAAAUGGCUUUAUUGAGGGCACGUCGAUCCGUACCAGAGCCAACUGGCUUCGGUACGGACAGCUCUUGAAUGCUGCUGAGCUAGAAGCCUUGAAAAUAGCUGAGAAGGGAGAGGAAAUACCUGCAUGGUAUCGUCGCGCACACGCGUCGGAGUUUAAGAGGCCCUCUCCGCUUAGCCGAUCAAUGACGCCGGAAGAUCUCGAAGAUGACUACAAAAAUACUGAUAACGCAGUCCAAGAUGGAGAUUCAUCAACCUGGGUUGCAGCAGACGAUGUCGAAACAGCUCCAGCCGAACCAACCUACCCCAGACGGUCUGCUUUGAGGCCGUCUAUCUUUACGAUUCCCAUCACCCCUCCGGCCCACGACUGCGACAGCUUGAAACCUGGAUGGUCCGCCAUCAAACGUUAAGCUUUCACCCAUACAGCGCGAUAUAAACAUCACUUAGAAUUAAUUAGGAGACCAUACUUCGGCUGCAUUCGUAUCCCGUUGUGUCAACAAGCGCGAUCAUGACCUCGCCAACGGCUUGAGCAGUGAUUCCGGACUUGCUCAAAGCUUUGCUUCUCCCCCAAGAUGUGACCACUAACAACGAUACCUUCUUUGUUCUUAAAGACAUGGGUUGCUCUUCUCCUUUUGACCGCAUACAACGAAACGAAACUCAUACGUUUACAUCUUUUCAUAAAGUUCAAAAUUCAGUCAACCCGAUGUCUUCGCCUAUAUGGACUGUAUCCUUUUUUGGAGCCCUUACACACAGAGAUCUGUGAUAUAUCUUGCACUCUCAUCAUACUUGAGACUUGGUGUAUGGCGUCUGGUAAUAGUAAGUUUGGAAGGUAGCUUAGAACUGUCUACGUAUUGGUGUCUGCUUGCUUCUCAAUGUUUAUU